AUUCAUUUGAUAAAUGAGUUGAACUUGAGUUUGUUCAGGUUGAAAGAAAAAAAAUUGUAAGCAAUUUUGGAUAGUUUCGUUUGUAAUCUGUAUGAACCUUUUGUUCGACUCGUUAAUACUAAUUGACUCGGUUAGUUAACAAAUCAUAUUUCGGCUCAUUCGAUAAAGACGGAAUAUGAGGAACUUCUGCUCGUUUUUAUAAAAUUUUGAUUUUUAAAUGUGCUCACCAGUUUUAGAUCUGCAAAAUCGUCGUCUCCUUCAUCUGCGUGACCACACUCUUUCUCGUGAGCUCUCAUCAGACUGAAAAUGCCUCCCACUGAAAAAGACUCCGAUCUCAGGAUAUCGUCGCCUAAUCCAGCCACUGCACGUAUGAGUGAGAAUGUGUUUGCGACUCUCAACAACUUGGAGCACUGUGCUAAGUAUUUGAACAAUACCCUCGUCACAUUUGGCUUCCCUGCUUCCCUCGAUCUUUUUGCAAAUGAUCCGGUUUCUGUAGCACGGACUUGCAAUUGUAUAUACGCCUUGUUGCAGCAGAGGCAGAGGGAUGUCGAAUUCAGGGAGUCGGCCAACGAGCAGAGACAACGACUCUUAUCAGACAUUUCAAGGUUGGAAGCCAGAAUCGAGAGACUUGAAUCCCAGUUAUCUGGCAAAGAUAGGGAGAUAGCUUCAAUGACUAGAGCGGAAGCUAAAGCCACAGCAGCUUUCAAAGCCCAAAUCGAUAAGUUGCAGCAGGAGAGAGAUGAGUUUCAGAAGAUGGUUCUGGGUAAUCAGCAAGUGAGAACUCAGCAGAUUCAUGAGAUGAAGAAGAAGGAAAAGGAGUAUAUUAAGUUGCAGGAGAAACUUAAUCAAGUAGUAAAUGAGAAGAAGAAGGAAUCUAGAUCAGGCAUGGAAAUUAUGAAUUUGCUACAGAAAGAAGGCCGGCAAAGGGGGACAUGGAAUGCAAAGAAGGCUGAUACUGAUUUCUACAAAAAGAUUGUGGAUGCUUAUGAGGCCAAGAAUCAAGAAUUGGUUGCAGAGAAUGCUGAUUUGAGAGCAUUACUACGUUCCAUGCAGGUUGAUAUGCGUGAGUUCUUAAAUGCUCCAAACAGGAAGAAGUCUUCGCCUAACAAUGAUAGGCCAGAUGCUGACCUGUCACAGUCCCCCUUGGGUGGAAGGACGGACAUGUUUGAUCUGCCUCUUCACAUGGCCAGAGACCAAAUCGAAGAAAGCCUCAGGACAAAGAUGGCUUCAAUAAAGGAGCGCAUGGUUCAACUUCAAGAUGCACAAAAGGAUGCAGAGGUCACUUCUGAAGUUACUGAAAGAGAACUAGAGCUGGAAGCACAGCUUGUCGAGGCAAGAAGCAUAAUUCAAGAGCAGGCAUCGAUAAUGUCUAAACACAUAUCUAAGUCCGAGAAGCCAAGGAGAUUAAGUGGAAAUUUCAAUUCUGACAGGGGUUCGAUAUUGUCAUCACCAUCAGAGUGGGGAAGAGGAAUGCAGAGCCAGAUAGUUUGCAGCGGGUGCAGGAAUCUUCUCAUGUACCCGAGUGGGGCAAGCAAUGUGUGCUGCGCCUUGUGUAGUUCAGUUACCAAUGUUCCUCCUCCAGUGUGUCCCCCACUCGCCUUCUGCAAGAUUGUUGUUUACUGCAUUAAAUGUUCAUCCUCAGGAAUGGAGAUGGCCCAACUGAUAUGUGGAGGUUGCCGUACAUUACUGAUGCACACUCGAGGUGCCACGAGUGUGAGAUGCUCUUGUUGUCACACAGUAAAUCUUGCACCAGGUAAUUUAGAAAAUGCUCUGCCUUGUAUGGGAAGUGUUAGGGUCCCCAUACCCAUGAAUCAGCCAACCGGACCACACGCAUCAACAUACACGCCCUCAAGUUCAGCUAGCCAAACUGUUGUCAUAGAAAACCUCAUGUCUGUUGACAAGAGUGGGAAACUGGUAAGCAAUGUUGUGGUGGGCGUAACAAAGGAUAAAAAGUGAUCUGGCUCAGAAAAAUCGGGAGUAAUCACUAACGAAAUCGGGCAUAUACAUCAAGAUUUAUAUGUAUGUAUAGUAAACUUUAAGUGCUUAUAUUGUAAUAAAAGUUGUAUAAGGGACUAUCCCAAUUCUUUUUUUAUUUUUAUUUUUUCUUGCAUUUUACUUGUGAAAGAUUUGAAAACAUGUACUAACCUUGAAAACUCCAAACUUGUAAGGACUAAAUUUAGGUGAAACAUUUGGCUUGUGAAGGGACUUUUGAACUAAAAUGAGUUUGGAGGUUCACUGUAUGUCAUCUGCUACAUUUUUUGUCGUCUGUGCUAAGGCUGUGGUGUGGCCCUGAUAUCCGUGUUAUGUUUGUUUGUUAACUAAAUUUUAGAAACUUUGUACUGCCUGACAACUGGAUAUUGCAUUGUAAGGCAA